AACCACUUCAUUCUCACUCCAAUAAUUUCAACUUACUCAAUCACAUGAUAUACACAUACCAUAACAACUGGUGGAAUCCUAUGGAAUCCAUACUAUAUCAUUUUUGACGAUUUCAAGAUAACAUUUGUUUGAGUCUAAAACCCAUGUGAUUUUGUUGAAAAAAUAAUUUUUAACUUUAUUUAAAUAAAUUUAUCAAGUCGUUGAAUUGGUGUGUACGCUUUGUGUUCUUGCUGGGGCUUUACCCAUAGAAUUAUACACAUUGGUUUUUAUCACUUUAAAUAUUCUUUCCACUCUUUUUCUAAUUUAAUUUCUUAAACUUAACUUUUUUACUCAAACACCUCUCCUCAAGUUAUUUGCAAUUUGAUCAAAAUGGUUCAUGAAGUUACUUCAAAAGAAGAAUUUGAAAAGACACUUUCUGGUGAUUCCGUAGUUGUCGUUGACUUUUACGCUGAUUGGUGUGGCCCUUGCAUGAGAUUUGCUCCUCAAUUUGACGCUUUGGCUACUGAACACCCUUCACUUUUAUUUGUCAAGGUAAACGUCGACAAGCUACAGGAACUUGCACAAAAGUAUAACGUCACAAGCCUUCCAACCUUUAAAGUUUUCAAAUCUGGACAAGUUCUUGGCGAGUUUCUUGGCGCAAGCAAAGAAGGACUAAAGAACACAUUGUUAAAGUAAGGAUUAAUUGUUUUAUUAUUUUUAGGGUUGCCUCUUAAUUUUAUUUUAUACACAU